UGGCCGUUGACCUUCGGUUCGAUUUUGACUACAUAACAAAAAUCUGCCUUCAUUUGAGAAAUCAAUCCACGCCUCGUUCAGUCGUUUGGCUGCUGCAACACUCAACUUCGUGACACCCAAAACCUCCGCUGCUUCGAACCGCACUUCCAUUGAAAUAACUCCACCCUCAGCUCCGGCACCGCCCUUCCCUGGAAGUAAGAAAAUUUUAGAAGAAGUAGAGGCUUUUUGCCUUCUCAUAGAGCUCAAGGAAUGGCUCAUUCAUGUAUGACUACAACUCCAAUCCCAAAAUUCAACCACCCAAUCUUCUCCUCAGAGUCUUCCUCAUCUUCCGAACGCAAAUGCUUUCUUUCUCCCUCCCUCAAACCCUUACCUUUCAGGAAACUGAUGGCGGUCGGUAAAGUGAGGAGUCCUGCUAAAAAUGGUACGGCAAAGGCUUCGUAUUCUGGAGCGCAUUGGGACUCAGUGAAUGUUCCCAGAACUGGGGUUUGGUCUAUCAGAGAAGACUUGCACGUUCCCUCAUCACCAUAUUUUCCUGCAUAUGCGCAAGGUCAGGGACCACCUCCAAUGUUGCAAGAGCGAUUCCAGAGCGUGCUUAGUCAGCUCUUCCAAUACAGGAUAAUCCGAUGCGGUGGAGCAGUUGACGAUGAUAUGGCUAACGUUAUCGUGGCUCAGCUUCUUUAUCUUGAUGCUGUAGAUCCCACCAAGGACAUUGUUAUGUAUGUCAACUCUCCAGGAGGAUCAGUUACAGCAGGUAUGGCCAUCUUUGAUACCAUGCGGCACAUCAGGCCUGAUGUCUCUACAGUUUGUGUUGGACUUGCAGCAAGUAUGGGGGCUUUUAUUCUCAGUUCUGGUACAAAAGGACUUACUGAAGGAAAAAGAUAUAGCUUGCCGAACUCCAGGAUAAUGAUUCACCAGCCUCUAGGUGGUGCACAAGGUGCACAAACUGAUGUAGAUAUACAGGCUAAUGAAAUGCUUCAUCAUAAAGCUAACCUGAAUGGGUAUCUUGCAUACCAUACUGGCCAGAGCCUGGACAAGAUUAAUCAGGACACGGAUCGUGACUUUUUCAUGAGUGCAAAGGAAGCUAAAGAUUAUGGGCUAAUAGACGGUGUCAUCAUGAAUCCAAUGAAAGCCCUGCAACCUCUAGCUGUGGCUUAAUCGUUACUCAUCACUGCAGCAUACUACAAAUGAAUUAAUAGGCUUUGAAAUGCACGGUUUUGUAUUACAGCGGGGAGCGAAUGAAUUAUUAUUGCACACACAUUGUAGUAUCAAAAGCUUUAUACUCCCAAAAUUGGAGUGCACUUUUUUCAUAUUUCCAUUGUCAUCCCGAUUUCAAUCCCUGUUUUUCUUGCAUGUAUUCAAACUUGGUAUACUCUGUCGUAGAGGCUAAUGAUUACUGUUUCUGGACUCGAUUUGAAUAUUGUAUUCCACGAGGAUUUAGUAAUAUAUUUCUUUACGUAAUGGGAAAAACAAACACUGCUAAA